AUGGCCUCGUCCAAUAUUGAUAGAGUUGAGCUUCGCCAACGCAUUUUGUAUUACCAUGAGCAAAGCAAGAGUCCUGUAGAAACUACAAGACGGAUUUGGGGAGAGUAUGGAAGGAAUGUUCUGCCUUUUAGUGUCUGUAAAAUGUGGUUUAACAAGUUUGAGUCGCGUAAAUAUAAUCUCAAAUCAAGUGAUGCAACUAGAAGCGAACUGAAAGCAUUGCUCAACGAAAACUCGUCACUAUCACCAAAGCAGCUUGCAUGGAAACUUGGCAUUUCUCCAAGAACAGUAUGGCAGCAUUUGAAAGUAUUAAAAGAGAACCGGCAGAUAGAAAGACAAGUUACAACUAGAAACAAAGUGGAAGCAUUGUACAAGGAGAACCCGUCCCAAACACACCAGGAGAUCGCAGACAGGAUCUUAGAAUUUGUCGACAAGCAGUAUCGAAACAUAUGA